AUGGGAGAAAAGAGUGAAAAAUCGUUAUGGGAUAUUGCGAUAUUAGAAAGAAAUCGUGCAGAGCAAGAAAAUAAAGAAUUGAUUGAUGGAAAUAAUGUUGGUAGCGAUGGGACCAACGUUUUCUUUCUUGGAAGUAAAAAUUCAGGAAAGUCUUCAAUAAUUAUGAGAUUUCUGGACAGAGAUGAGAAUCCCAAACCUACUGUUGCUUUGGAAUAUCUGUUUGGAAGGAGAGCCAGAGGUGCUAACACGGUUAAAGACGUGACUCAUAUUUGGGAGCUUGGAGGAGGCACAUUUCUAACGAAACUAAUCGACACAGUUAUUACGCCACGUACGAUCAGGAUUAACCAAGUUGUAAAUGAAGUAGCUGGCAAGGACAAAAGCAUUCACGAAUUUUUAAAGCAGCAAUUAAAUAGGAGAAUUAAUGAAGAUCAUCCGGAUAAAUCACUCAUGGAGCCACUUUUAGUUCCGCUCGUUAUUGUUGGCAGCAAAUAUGAUAUAUAUCAGGAUUUUGAUCCAGAAAAGAGAAAGAUAAUAUCCAAGACAUUACGAUUCAUAGCUCAUACCUAUGGAGCCACAUUGCAAUUUUUCAGUACAAAAAAUGAAUCAUUAGUAGCACGUGCUCGUCAGUUAAUUGGUAAUUUGGCAUUCCAUUUUCCACCAAGCAAAACUAAUGCAACAGAUCAUAAUAAACCAAUUAUCGUGCCUGCAGGAACCGAUUUAUUCUCUCAAAUUGGAGCGCCACCACUCUCUGAUGAGCAAUUAGGAAAAAUUAGCGCUCGACGGCCUAUGGAUCUAUGGAAAAGUGCAUUCUGCCAAUAUUUUCCUCAAGAAGCAAGUACUAAUUCUAAUACAAAUAAAAAUCCUGCUGCUGAUUCCCAAUAUACAGAAUCCCCUAUCGAUAAUAUGAGAAUUCAAAAGGAUAAGGAACUAGAACAGUAUCGCCGUCAAUCAGAGCGAAAAGCAAAAGAGCGCAAAAUGGCUCGAGAAGCUGACAUUGUAACUUCCACGCGUGGCGGGCAUUAUCCUGAUAAGGAAGACCAAUUUUUUGGACAAAUUAUGCUUCGCUAUGUUCAGGAUCGAACUUUAAUCAUUGUUAUUGCAUAG